GUGACUGCGUGCUGCGAGGCCCCUGUGAGGUUCUGGACUAACCGCAGGUCUCAUGUCAUCGCUGGACUUGAUGAAAAAAGAGUGUUUGGCAGCUGGGACCCUGUCCUCGGCCUCUCUCAAGAGGAGGUUCAUAAAGAAGAGGAGGGUCGCUCCCGGGGGGCAGCAGGAUGCGGACAGCGACUGUCAGCUGUGCAGGUGUUCCUUGUUUGUGCCGUCUGGUAUUAGUCGCACUGUUCGUCGGAUUCUGAUAGCCUGCCUCCUCUCCUUCCUGGCGCUGCUUGGCUCAGUAUCCAUCGAUCUCAGCUCCAACUUUGACCUGCUGCACACCACGGAGGUGGCUUAUGACGAGCUGGCUUCAUGCAGGACGAUAGCUAUUCUGCAACUCGUCAGUAAGUUUCAAAGGAUGAGGCGUUUAUUUACCAAUGAGACACAGGAGGCAGGUUUCUCACACGUAGUGUUUCCUGUGUUCAGUGCUCUCUGUGGUGAAACGGUGGCUGACAGUAACAGCCACGGGCAUUCCUGCAGUACUGAGCUGGCUGGAUUUUGCCCAGAGAUGAGUAGGAGUGUCGAAGGAUUUCUAAAUACUUCAUUGGAUACAAAUGGCACCGAUGAAAAUGGUACCUCUGUGUACACCCAGGUCAUCGGCAGAUUCCUGGACACCUGGGGUACGGUGGAGGAUAGUUUAGUCAAAGCCAAACAGAUUCCUAACUGGGGAGACGUGCUGGCUGCAAGACUUCUGGUGACAUUCAUAGAGCUGAACCACCAGGUGAUGGACUUCCCCCACAUGGCAACUCAUGCUGACUUCCAGUACAAGUGGACUUACGUACUCAGAUACCUGGGCUUUGCCAUGGUUAUGACAGAACGACUGAAUGACUGCUGGUUAGAGAGCAUAGACCUCAAGGUCAACUCAAAACAGUCUUGGAUCUUUGACUCGAGUCUGUGGCAGAUCUCUGGAGCAGGAUCAGAGCUUAUGUCUGGGUCCCAGGCUGGAGUUCUGGCUCUGACAAACACUCAGCAGUGCUUGUUUGAUCGGGCGGUGCCGGCCCUCAGGUUGGCGUCUCGGUCCGUGUCUUCGGUCCUCAGUAUGAGGGUCUGCCUGCUGGCUAUGGCCUGCCUCAUCUACCCGGUGGCGAUGUUCUCCUUCAAGCAGAUGGCCGAGUGGAUACAGAACUACGCCCAGAGCUUGAAGGAGAAGAGUGAGGACCUGAAGCGCCAGAGGAAGCUGGCCGAGGACCUGCUGCACCAAAUGCUGCCCAAGUCAGUCGCCAAGCAGCUCCGCCAGCAAAAACACGUCAAGGCCGAGAGCUACGAAAAGGUCACCAUCUUCUUCUCAGACAUUGUGGGCUUCACCUCCAUCUCUGCGUCCUGCACUCCUCUGCAGGUGGUGGAGAUGCUCAACAACCUCUAUAUGUGCUUCGACACACGCAUCGACUCCUACAACGUCUACAAGGUGGAGACGAUUGGGGACGCCUACAUGGUGGUGAGCGGGCUGCCUGAGAGGAAUGGCGAUAGACACGCUGACGAGAUCGCCAAGAUGGCGUUGGAUCUGGUAGCAGCCGUGAGACAGGUCUCCAUCCCUCACAUGCCGAACCACAGGUUGCAACUCAGGGCAGGCAUCCACACAGGUCCAUGUGUGGCGGGGAUAGUGGGCUACAAGAUGCCAAGAUACUGUCUGUUUGGCGACACGGUCAACACAGCCUCUAGAAUGGAAUCCACCAGCCUGCCUCAGAGAAUCCACACCAGCUCAGAAACCUACUUGGCUCUGAUCAAAGACAACGCCUACGAGCUGCAGCUUCGAGGAGAGAUUGAGGUCAAGGGUAAAGGCAAGAUGAACACCUACUGGCUGAUUGGCCAUAAGAACUACAGCGUGCAGAACGACAGUCUGGUUUGUCACUGGAACCCCAACAAGUCCAGGAAAAAGAAGCCGGUGGCGGGCAGCGAGAUCUCUGUCGGCAACUCAUCAGUGACAGUGCAGAGCCUCAGUGAGAACGCCACCACCCCAGUCUCCCUUCCCUCCUCAGUGUUGAACCAAACCCCGCCGCGGCCUCGGACGGACAAGCCCGGCCUGAGCGUGGCGGCUCAGGUGGAGCCGUACGGCAGCAGCCACGGGACCCUGGGCUCCAUGAUUGGGGGUCUGCAAGGGGGAGACGAGAGCCCUCUGCCCAGCCGGCGCGGAAGCAGCGGCGGGCACAAACCCGACCUGCUGCCCGGCUCCAACUGCCACGUGUAACCAGCUCAGGACUUCAUUUAACAUGAAACAUAAAUGAACCAGCUGUAGGACAGAGAUGGGUUUGUAGUAGAUAAAUACCUGCUAAGUAUUCACUAGUCGGCAUGCUUAUUAGCUUUCUGAAAUGUGAAACCUUUGAGUCACCCGGUCUCACAACAGAGAUUUUACAGCAGUGCUUUCUGUGGUGUUUGUGUAUUUGUAUGUAGUCUGUUUUGUUGUGUAGCUGUGAAGCACCGAGUGUUAAAGUAAAUAAAGGUUACUUUGUUUUGUUCCAUAUUUGAUGAACUUGUCACUUUGACUUUUUGAUAUUGCUUUUACUGAGUUAUGAUUAAAGAAAACCUCUGUUAAAGGACA